ACAACAAUGGGAGCUCCAAAAAAUACGGCACUAAUUCCAUACGUAGUGUUGUUGGGUUUGGUGGGUUUUGUAGGGUUUGGAAGCUCAACGUUAGAGCAGGAUAAAGCGGAGUGUGGAGAGAAACUGGUCGGGCUCGCCACGUGUCUGAAUUUUGUUGGCGGACAAGCGAGUAGCCCUACGUCAGAUUGUUGUCGUGGACUGAAGACGGUGGUGGAAAAGAGCACAAAAUGUCUUUGUGUGCUCGUCAAAGACAGAGAUGACCCAGAACUUGAUAUCAAGUUCAAUGUGACCCGUGCCUUGCAACUUCCUUCUACUUGUCAUGUUCCCCUAAACCUAACUGCCUGUGUUGAUCUUCUGGGUUUAGCACCCAACUCCACAGAUGCAAAGGUGUUUGAAGACUUUGCAAAAAGCCUCGGAAAUGGAACUAGCACUUCUGCUUCUCCAGCUGCCCGUACUGAUGGAAAUUCUACAAGUCACGGAAAUACAGCUGCCAAAGGGGAAAGAGAUGGAAUCAUAAUAAGGUUUUAG